AUGGCUAAAGACACGUCCACGACGAAGUCGACGAAGACAGCUACCAAAGACGCGACGAACAAGACGAAGAAGACCACGAAGAGCGACAAGAAGGCGCCUGAUGCAGCAGAGAAGCCCAAGCGCGAGCCCUCGGCGUACAACAAGUUCGUGAAGGAGAACAUGAAGCCAUGGCGCGAGGCGAAUCCCGAUAAGACGGCAAAGGACGCGAUGGCAGCGGUUGCUGGUAUGUGGCGCGACGCGCCGGAAAACCCCAACCGCGGUAAAUCGCCGAAGAAGCGACAAGCCAAGAAGGAGCAGACACUAGCUAAGGACAAGCCAAAGUCUACGAAAUCCGAUUCGAAGACCAAACCCAUGUCGUCGUCCGUCAAGAAACCCAAGAGUGCUGCACCACCACCCUCGGACGAGUCUGAAGCAGAUGAGGAGGAAGAAGAAGGCUCGGACACCAACCAGCUUGUUUCUAGCGAUGCUUGA